GCGAAGAUUAUCUUCUCAGUUACUACUACUGGAACUAAAAGCUGAGAACCUGAAACAUGGAGUCUCUAUCUCUUCCUGUUCUAAAUCCUCUAUUAGCUUCUAGUUCUAAUCUGUUCAGAAACCAGAGCUCGAGGAUGACCUCUUCAAUGGUAUCUUCACUUAAAACCCCCAUCGGAGGCACAUCACUUUCCACUGUUCGCCGCUUUAGAGUAGGAGUUGUUAGGAUGCAAGCUGUUGAUGAAGAUAUUGAUCUGAAGCAAAUGAGAGACAUGGCUGCUGCUAAAAAGCGUUGGGAUGGUUUGUUAAGGGAAGGAAAAGUGAAGCUUCUUACACCAAGAGAAGCAGGCUAUGCUAUUUCUCUUUCAAACAAACCUCUACUCGAUGUCCGCCCCUCUAGCGAGCGCAACAAAGCAUGGGUUAAAGGCUCCACCUGGGUUCCUAUUUUCGACAAUGAUGACAAUCUUGAUGCUGGAACUCUUUCCAAAAAAGUCACUAGUUUUGCUAUGGGGGGAUGGUGGAGUGGAGCACCUACAUUAUCUUUUAAUAGGUUCUUCUUGUCAAAGGUUGAGGAGAAAUUCCCAAAAGACUCAGAGCUGAUUGUUGCUUGCCAAAAAGGAUUGAGAUCCUUAGCUGCUUGCGAGCUACUAUAUAAUGCGGGGUAUGAGAAUCUUUUCUGGGUACAAGGUGGUUUAGAAUCCGCUCAAGACGAGGAUCUAGUGACAGAAGGUGUUCAACCCUUGAAGCUUGCUGGUAUUGGCGGUUUUUCAGAGUUCCUCGGUUGGACAGACCAGCAAAGAGCUCAAGCUGCGAAAGAAGGUUGGGGGUACCGUCUAGUAUAUACUGCUCGUCUGUUUGGAGUUGUUCUGGCUGCUGAUGCCUUGUUCGUUGGUUUUCUCUGGAAUUCUGAGAUUAUGGAGAUGGAGCGUGUGCAUGAAUUUCCUCAUACUAACAUGGAUCGUCGUCCCAGAAAGAGAGCGCGUCUCGGUUGGGAUGUGUUGCCUCAAGCAACCAAGGCUCAGGUAGGAAUGUUUUGUGGGCAAGAGAUUGGAAAUAUAUCAAGCUUUGCAUCGUCUGGAGCUCCUUCAGACAAUAGUAGCUCUCUUUGUGUUAAGGGUGUGGCUCGAAAUGGUUCUCCCCCAUGGCGAGAAGAUGAUAAGGAUGGACAUUACAUGUUUGAACUGGGAGAUGACUUAACUCCACGCUAUAAAAUCUAUAGCAAAAUGGGCGAAGGUACUUUUGGUCAAGUGCUAGAAUGUUGGGAUAGGGAGAGGAAGGAAAUGGUGGCAGUAAAAAUUGUUCGUGGUGUGAAGAAAUACCGCGAGGCCGCUAUGAUUGAAAUUGAAAUGCUGCAACAGCUUGGUAAACAUGACAAAGGUGGCAAUCGUUGUGUACAAAUUCGGAACUGGUUUGACUAUCGUAACCAUAUCUGUAUUGUCUUUGAGAAGCUUGGAUCAAGUUUAUACGAUUUUCUUCGGAAAAACAAUUAUCGCUCCUUUCCCAUUGAUCUUGUUCGUGAGAUUGGCUGGCAACUCUUGGAAUGUGUAGCAUUUAUGCAUGACUUGCGCAUGAUUCAUACGGACCUUAAACCAGAAAAUAUUCUGUUAGUCUCCUCGGACUAUGUGAAGAUUCCUGAGUACAAGGGCUCCCGAUUACAAAGGGAUGUUUGCUAUAAAAGAGUGCCUAAAUCAAGUGCAAUAAAGGUGAUUGAUUUUGGUAGCACAACUUAUGAGCGCCAGGACCAAACCUACAUUGUAUCAACCAGACAUUAUAGGGCUCCAGAAGUCAUUUUAGGUCUUGGCUGGAGUUAUCCGUGUGAUGUUUGGAGCAUUGGAUGUAUCAUAGUGGAGCUGUGCACGGGUGAAGCAUUGUUCCAAACACAUGAAAACCUGGAGCAUCUAGCAAUGAUGGAGCGUGUUCUUGGGCCGUUUCCUCAACAAAUGCUGAAGAAAGUGGACCGGCACGCAGAGAAAUAUGUGAGAAGAGGUCGUUUGGAUUGGCCGGAUGGGGCAACCUCAAGAGAUAGCCUGAAAGCAGUAUUGAAGCUCCCUAGGCUUCAGAAUCUAAUAAUGCAACAUGUGGACCACUCGGCGGGGGAGUUAAUAAAUAUGUUGCAAGGACUUCUGCGGUUUGAUCCGUCAGAGAGACUAACCGCUCCCAAUUUCGGCCUUGUCCGAUUCUGCUUCACCUCUGCUCGUUCCCUGUCCGAUCCUCGCAAAGCUGUAUUGUCACAGCCUCUCUUCUCUUUUGGUGUUAUUGCUGAUGUUCAGUAUGCGGAUAUUCCUGAUGGCCGCUCUUUUUUAGGUGUUCCUAGGUAUUACAGAAACAGCAUCCUUGUCCUCCAGAGAGCUGUUGAAACUUGGAACCAACAUGGUAACCUCAAAUUUGUUAUCAACAUGGGAGACAUUGUUGAUGGCUUUUGUCCCAAAGAUCAAUCCUUGGCUGCCACUAAGAAACUGGUUCGUGAAUUCGAGAAAUUCAACGGUCCUGUGUAUCAUAUGAUUGGCAAUCACUGCCUCUACAAUCUCCCCCGUGAAGAGUUGCUUCCGUUGCUCAAGAUCCCAGGUCGUGAUGGCAAUGCUUAUUAUGAUUUCUCACCAACCCCAGAGUAUAGAAUUGUGGUGUUAGAUUGUUAUGACAUCAGUGCUCUUGGAUGGCCUCAGGACCAUCCGAAUACUAUCGCUGCAUUGAAAAUACUUGAAGAAAAGAACCCAAACUCAGAAAAAAACAGCCCCGCGGGUCUUGAGGAUGUUGAGAGGAGAUUUGUCAAGUAUAAUGGUGGUGUUGGGGAGAAACAGCUGCAAUGGCUAGACAGUGUUCUUCAGGAUGCAACGAAUUCAAACCAGAGAGUUAUCGUAUGUGGGCAUGUGCCUAUGAGCCCUGGUGUGGCAUCCAAAGCAGCCUUGUUAUGGAAUUUUGAUGAAGUGAUGAACAUUAUACACAAGUAUGACUCUGUUAAAGUUUGUUUGUCCGGACACGAUCAUAAAGGAGGAUACUUUGUUGAUUCUCAUGGGGUUCACCAUAGAUCUUUGGAAGCUGCUUUGGAGUGCCCCCCAGGUACGUAUUCCUUUGGAUAUAUUGAUGUAUAUGAGAACAAGUUAUCUCUUGUUGGUACUGAUCGGAUGCCAAGCACUGAUUUUGAAAGCUAGAGUUUUCCUGAAUGAUCAAUUAUUUGAAAUUCAGAAUUUGUAAUCACAAACCCUAUUUAUAUGAUGAUUGUUUUGUUUUGAUUGUACUAUCAUAGGGCUGCACCUGAAUGUACCUAAUAUGUAUUUGGUGCUUUGCGAAUAAGAUAAAUAUAAGUUUCGAUUGAUUGGAUACAAGUUGUUUUAUGAACUUCGGGAAGUUCUUAAUCAGGAAUCUAUAUCAGAUUAUCUGUAUUGUUAUGUUGAUUAGAUCAAGUGUUCAGCAGAAACUAGAUGGUUUUCUGUAUACUGAAUGUCUGAAACUGCUAGAGGGUUUUUGAAAGAAGUCCAAUUCAUGGAGGCAAAUGAUGUUAAGGGCGCUAAAUGGAAGGAAAGGAUUGAUUUUUCGUUUAUGGUUAACUGCUUGGACUAUGAGAUAGUCAUCUUGAUUCAGAUGGAUGUGUAAUGAAAUGGUCUCAACAAG